AUGUCAACGCUAGACCUUAAAAAAAUCCAUGAAAACUCCGACGGGACCAUUACUGGACUCACGGAGCUGGCUUUUAAAGAAGUAGUGCUCAAUAACCCAUAUUUUGCUGCUGGUGGAGGACUCAUGGUUCUCGGUGCUGGACUAGCAAUGGCUCGUCUGGGCAUUACUAGAGGCUCGGGGUUCUUGUAUCGUCAAUUGCUUGUGGAUCUUGAGAUCCCUUCCAAGGACAAAUCUUACUUGUGGUUUCUCGAAUGGAUGUCUCAAUACAAACAUAGAAGUUCACGGCACUUGUCGGUAGAAACCAAUUUUGUUCAGCACGAUAACGGUGCCGUUACCACCAAGUUUUCAUUGGUGCCUGGUCCAGGAAAGCACCUCAUUCGCUACCAGGGUGCGUUCAUGUUGGUCAAUCGAGAAAGACUGGGAAGGCUUUUGGAUAUGACUCUGGGAACACCAUUUGAAACUGUUACAUUAACCACUUUGUAUCGUGAUAGAGCGCUUUUUGGUAACCUUUUGGCAGAAGCCAAGAGCAUGGCAUUGAAAGCUCGUGAAGGAAAGACUGUCUUGUUCACUUCGUGGGGCCCAGACUGGCGUCCUUUUGGCCAGCCUCGUAAGAAGAGAAUGCUUGGUCUGGUCAUCUUGGACAAAGGUGUAGCCGAGCAUAUUGUGUCAGAUGUUCGGGACUUUUUGUCUUCUGGAGAUUGGUACCACCAGCGAGGCAUACCUUAUAGAAGAGGGUACUUAUUAUACGGGCCACCUGGAAGUGGUAAAACCUCAUUUAUCCAAGCGUUGGCUGGUGAACUUGAUUACAACAUUUGCAUACUCAAUCUUUCUGAAAACAACUUGACUGACGAUCGUUUGAACCACCUCAUGAACCAUAUUCCAGAAAGGUCGGUGUUAUUACUUGAAGAUAUCGAUGCUGCUUUCAACAAACGUGAACAAAGUGACGAGAGCGGCUUCACUUCUGGAGUGACAUUUUCCGGUCUUUUGAAUGCAUUAGAUGGUGUCGCUUCUGCUGAAGAAUGUAUCACAUUUAUGACUACAAACCACCCUGAAAAGUUGGACCCGGCACUCUUGCGUCCUGGACGUGUUGAUUAUAAAGUACUUAUUGGUAACGCAAGUGAACACCAAGUGCGCGAAAUGUUCCUUCGGUUCUACGAAGGAGAGGACCAAUUGUGCGAUGAAUUCAUGGAAAAAUACAACGAAUUGGCUCUUGAAAACGUUAGUACUGCUCAAUUGCAAGGACUUUUCGUCUAUAAUAAAAGGGACCCUCACAAUGCCAUUUCCAUGAUCGACACGUUGAAAAAUCCCAAUACGGUCUUUUGA